AUGGAUGCCAAUAAUCCCCUGUCAGACCGCGAGAAGGCGCUGGAGAACGAGUACAUUCGCAAGAAGGAGAUUCAGAUGGCCAAAGAGAGAGCCGCUAAACAACAAGCUGCUUCUGGGCGUCGCAGUCCCAUCACACAAGGGUCGCAAGAUGUAAAUAAGGACAAAUAA